GUUUACAACCGUCGGUUACUCAUUAACCGAAUUCAACAUAAAUUUGAUGAAAAUCUCAUUUUGUGAUCAUAAGAAAUACACUUCAUAUAUGACGAAUAUCGGUUGAAAAAUGAAGUACAGCCAGGCAAUGGAAAUAAAUAAUUUACGACACCUGUAAAUGAACUGAAAGUCUAUAUUGAACCCGCAGAUUAUUCUAUUCGAGUUAUUCCAUGUUAUCGUUAUCAGCGUAAACUCAGAUGUAGCUGCAUUGUUACCAUAUUGAAGUAUAUUUUCAACACCCCGGAAGAAGAGUGAUGUCAUCAUACAAAGAUAGCGACCAUUUUGAUACGAAUCUAGCCUACCAGAGAAGGAAACAUAGUCCGAGAUGCCUCAUCAUCACUGGUGUGAUAGUUACUAUUGUUGUCAUAGCAGCGGUUGUGGUUGGUGUGGUAUUUGCUGUUCUGCCACACACUGCAACAUCAGUGGUGACUGCUGCAACACCUCCUAUGGGCUGGAACACUUGGAACCGAUUCAAAUGCAGCUUUACGGAGAACAUAGUGAGGGAAACUGUCAAUAGAAUGCUUGAAUUGCGUCUUGUCAGACUUGGGUACAACCAUAUAGUGCUAGACGAAUGUUGGCAAUAUAAACGGAACUCCUCCGGUCAUAUCCAACCGGAUCCUUUAAGGCUGCCUAAUGGGGCAACGGGGAUGAAGACGUUAGCAGAUUAUCUGAACAGCAGGGGUCUAAAGUUGGGUCUCUCCACCAGUGUUGGAACCCUAACCUGCUUUAGGAGGCCCGGUAGCUAUAGCAAGGAGACUAUAGAUGCUGCAACCUACAAAAGUUGGUCAGUGGACUAUGUUAAAAGUGCAGAUUGCUUUACUCAUCCGGGAACUUAUUCUUACAACAAUUACAUCGCCAUGUCACGUGCCCUUAGACAGACAAAUCAGAACAUUGCAUUCUCUGUUGGUCCGACUAUUAGUGCUCAGGGUGCUAAAGACAUUGCUAUCGCAAGGCAAGUUGGAAAUGACAAUGUGGAUGAUUUUGACCUGAUGUUGUCGAUUGUUGAUCGACUUGUGGAGGAAGGUUUGGCCAGAGAAGCUGGAACUGGAUUUUGGAACGACCUUGGAAUGUUACAAGUUGGAAAUGGAAAGAUGUCCACCAGUGAAUACAGGAUACAUAUGUCACUUUGGUCUGCCUUGAAAUCUCCAUUAUUUCUCGGAAACGAUCUCCGAACCAUGUCUCAAGCGGUCGAAGAUAUUAUACAAAAUUCAGACAUAAUUGCUAUAAACCAAGAUCCCCUUGGAAUAUCAGCUAAUUUGAUAUACAGUGAAAUACCAUUUGAUGGAAUAUCUAAAGUACAAAUUGUUUCAAAGAUGUGUGCAUCGACGACAUUUUCUCAGAAUUUUUUAUUCGAUUCACUGCGGAAACGAAUCCAUUAUUAUCCCGAUUCAUCGAAGUGUCUAACUAUGGAGACUACGUACAGAUAUGUAACUCUACGCUCUUGCAAGAACGACACUAUUGACGUUAACCAACAGUGGUUCAUCAAUACGCAAACCGGAACUAUCCAUCAGGAAAACAACAGGGGGAACUGUAUCACCACUAGUACCAUUGCGAGAUCACCUGCAAAGGUUCGGAGCUGUAACGAACGUAAUAAUACAGCAGAAUAUAUUGGGCCAAAUGAAUGGUGGCAUCCUUUUAAUGAUGUCUUCUACUUUGACGGGGAUCUUACCGCGUCUUUUUCAAUCAGGAAUACUAACAAUAUGUGCGCUAGCUUAGGUGCUGUUGAUGACAUUCAGAUAUACAGUGGACCAUUGAGCAACAACAACAGGGUUGCAAUCUUACUUAAUAGGGACGUAACUGAACGAAGUAUUACACUUCGAUGGCAGGAUAUGGGUGUAUCCCCUGGCCAACAGUAUCAGACAAGGGAUGUAUGGACAAAAUCAUACGCCGGGGAUUAUAAACAAACAUAUUCCGCCAGUGUCAAACCACAUGAUUUGGUUAUGCUUUAUAUGAGAGCAGUAUAA